AUGGCUCUCGUUGCAAUUGUUGCAAAGCAUUCGUCAGUUGCAACACAUAAUUCGUACAACAAAGGUUUGCAUCGACGAUUUAAUGGUUACAAUUAUGGCAAGCGUGAGCAGUACAAUAUGUUUUUACGACGUGUCAUGCAACAGCUUGCUGAUGAUGAAGAUAGUGACGAAAGCUUUCGCGGUGUAAUGCGAAAACGUGCUGACUCAGGUAAGAUUUUCUAUAUAAGAAUUCAUCAUGUGUAACAAAUAUUUCCAUGCCUUCUCCUGAAUUUUAAUUUAUUCGGUAUCAUGAAAGAAUGAGUAGAGGACACUGAAAAUGAAAUGCUUGUCCGUGAUCUGAUUCGCUAAUUUUCUAAAACAAUUAGAUCUCAGGAAGAUACAAACCUCGAGUAACCAAUCAGUUCUUCAUACUUUUCACACAAACUGAUCAAUGAUACUUUAGAGCUGUAAAUCUAAGAAGUCGCAUUGUGAGUGACAAUCAAUUUUAUGGUCUGAGAUGUUCUAUGGAAGUCUGUAACGGACAGAAACGUAGUCUGGAGCAUAGGUGUAGAUGAGUGCGCAAAAAAUAAUAAGCAUCCACGCUAAGAAUAUAUGGCUGUUGGUGGAGGUAUAGUUAGAAUCGUCGAGUGCGUAUGUGUA